GAAUUCAUUCACUUCUGAUUGAGAUCUUGGGACGACUUGUUUCAUCUUCUGCUUCUAUCAUGCCUCUCUGACAUUACUUUGCUCAAGGAAAUUAAAUUUAAGAAGCAAUCGGCAUAUUGUUGCCGCGUUUUGUCAGAUGUUCCUCGCAAAAUAGCCUUUCCGAAGGCUCUUAGAACACAGUUUGAUUAGCGCUUGACAAGGACAGAUGAAGCUUCAACUGAUGGUCCCUUACCAGUUUGUCGUCGACGACUGGGUCUGCCGGCCGGCAAUAUCCUCGCUCACCUGCCCAUGUUUGACAUGGGCUUCGACUACAAUCUAAUUUUGACUUACCUUUCACGUCGUAAAUACCUUCCUUUACAUCCUCCCCCCUCUGUCGACAUUGCGAACCUUUUACGACCUUCCUUUGCGGCUCUUUCGAAAUGACUUAUAAUAAUAUUCCCAGAAGGUAUGUCUCGUUUUGCCACAACCUUUGAUUUGCUUGCCCCUAGGCCACAUCCUAUUUGCAUUGGGUUCAUCAAGAAACGAGGUCGGCAUAAAAACAUCUCCGGAGUUCAGACAUAUCAUUGCCCACUCGCAUCUUACACUUCAUCAAAAGGCAACCCAUAAAAGGCCCGACCUUGGGAUCUAUAAGCACAAAAUCUCGAUAGUUGAGAAAACAAAAGGCGACAUCUGCCUCCAUUUCGGACAGUAGGAUUUCUAGGGCCUAACGAUACAGGAUACCUUAGUGACAAAAGGAGCCCACAACUUAUCGUCUACUGAGCUGGCACUAGCCAAUGAAGGCCUUGCAUUAUAAAACGAUAUUGAGCCAACGCAAUACUGUCCCCAACGCGUGUCCGGCUGGUAAACACACGAAAAAGUUAUUCACCGCAGGACUGCACAAGCGAUCCACCAUAGAAAAACGAAAAAAUCCCCAGGAGCAAAUUCGAAUCAACGACGGACUGGCCAUUUGCCUUUUUGGAUUCAGUGCGCAAAUUCAGAACCAGCGGAUCGAAGGGUCAGAAGAAGUAUCACCACAGCUCAGUUGCCAAAAACAGUUGAAUAUGUACGAUCUCGACUACGAAGAGGAAUUGAGACAGCAGACUGUCAUGGCGGAGGUAUUACCUGAUGCUGAGAUGUGGCGGAAAUGGGAAAAGACUGAAGCUCCUCUUCGACAGGGCCGUGGCUGGUACCCCCGCCUCGACCGUCAUUUCCUCGAACUCCUAGUGAUUUCCGAGAUCCAUUGUUUAUCCUACCCUCUCGAUAAAAUCAACGCCCCACCAGGUCAUGCUGAACGCGUUCACCGUCAUGCCAUUCGUGUGCGGCGGGUUGCUUGUAAAAGGAUUGGCGCGGAAAGGUUGCAAGCGUAUUGCGAGAGGGUAAAAGAAGCUUUUGAGGCGUAUAUGAUGGGUGGUUGGGCCAGAGUACAAGCUCAUGCGCAGGCGCAAAUGAGAGGGCAGAUGAGGGGCGCAAUAGAAGUGAAUCACUUUGAAGACGCAGAAGAUGAAGAAACAGAUGAGAAUAGGGGAAGGAAAUUAGGAAGGGGGAACGGAAGCAUGGUCCGUGAGGUAUCGCCUGUACAAAAGCCAUCAACAGGGAAUUCGUUAACACUGAAUGACCCGCUUACCGAUUACGAGGAUGAAGAGGACCAGAGUUAUCUCCUUGAGAUAGACUUGAAGGAAGUUCAGUUAGAUGGACUCUCAGAAGAAGAGUUUGAUGAAGACUUCGGCGACAGCGCAUCUAUUAAAGCGACAUUAGGGACGAACAGUAAUGAAAUCGCUGGGACGAGGAUGGAUGUAGACAGUGAAUGCACAUAUUCUAGCCUGGCAGAAGGCGGAAAACGCGGUCCCCAGAUCCGUAUACAGGCCCCGGAAAUAAUUAAAGAAGCUUCAUGAAACAGUGAUUAACGCGUGACUAUGUAUCGUGUCAUGGAGCUGACCAUAUUGCUCUUGGUGGCUAGUUUUGAUGAUUGGUGGCGGACGACGACAAUCAUGUGGGAUUUAAGAGUGAAAAUUUUGACCCAAUUUCAUUACACUAGGAAAAGUUUGUAAAAAGAGUUUGUAUGUACACUCUGACACAUUGACUGAAUCCAUGACUGGGAGUACAACGUGCAUUAUUUGUUCAUAUAAACAAUAGAAACAAAAAUCAAAGCACUCAAGGAUGUUAUAAAUACAGUCUUAUUACCCAAAGCCAAUUUGGUCUAUCGCCAGUGAAUCCAUGGCAGAGUUUGACAUAGCGGGAGUCGUUGAUUAUAAUAACGUUCUGGAACUUCGUGCUGGUGUUCUGAAACCCAACAAACCAGUCCCAUGAGCAUGAAGGCGAUAUGCUCAAGCUUUCUUACGCGAGACGACAUGGUUACGAACGUAAGUCCGCGAGCAGCUUCCCUGUGGCCGAGAUGGAGACAAAACUCUGUCAAGAGCCAUACGGAUUUGUGGAUGGUGAUGGAAAGUGCGAGUUGAAGAGGGAUUUGGGUACGACAUGCCUACACCCGAUCACCGCGAGCCUUACCUUCUCCAGCCAAUUUCAGUUAAAA